AUGAGCCAGGACUACUUUUCCCAAGACGCGGGUUCUUCCGCCGGAGAGGGAUCCUCAAGAUCAACCGAACGACAGUCUCCUCCCCCUCUCGAUGAACGACCGCCUAGCCAGGUUCCUGGAUAUAUGAUAGUUGGAUCAGGUCCUGCCUCGGGGAACGCGACUUCACUGAUGUCUACUUUGCAUCAGGACUCCGGAUACGGUGGAAGCAUCAUCGAUGGCAGUUCGGAUAUGGGCUCGGAGUCCUGGCAAGCCGGGUUAAUGGAGGACCGUCCUACGCCUUCACAUACGCCUGUCGGGCCCGGCUAUAUGAGCAAUGCAGGUUAUCGCGAACCACGUUCACCAGCUCGUAUAGUACGAAUCACCUACCCUCUUUGUCUGCGCGUAUAUGAUGUGCUAAUAUAUACCAGCAACUCCAACCGAACUAAGCUUGGUCGAUCUGUUACUCGAGCUAUUGAGCUGUUAAAGGAACUUCAAGAAAUCAACCGCCAGUGGCCGGCGCAUUACCCCUCUAUCCAAAAUACAGACGCUCCGCCACAUAACAGGCACGUCCUCUCACGAACACGGUCAUACGAAGAAAACAGAGAAGAAGGCACUGAAGCUGAUCCACGCCCUGGCUCAAUUCGUCGUACGGUUACAUCUAUCAGCGAUGCCGCUGAAUCGAGUAAGGCCGCAGAGCACAGGACACCUGCCGAACCAAGGCUGGUAACGCCACAGAUUGCUCGAGAAUUCUCCAUUUUAAAACUGGAUUUGAAGCUUGGCGCUCUAUCUCCAGCGGAGCUUGUCCAUUCGUUGGAGAAAAAUUCUAUAGCUUCACUUCUCGAUGGGAAAGUCAGUCAAAGCAUAAAACACUUGCUGGCCUUGCGAGAGAGGAUAGAGGAUACGUCUAGCAAAGUUCUCAUUACCGGAGACCUUAAUGCAGGAAAAUCAACUUUUUGCAAUGCCUUGUUGCGCCGCAAAAUUCUACCUGAGGACCAGCAACCCUGCACUAGCAUUUUCUGUGAGGUGCUUGAUGCCAGAGAAAACGGAGGUGUGGAAGAGGUACAUGCCAUUCCAAAGGAUAAGCAAUAUAACAGAAACGACGAAAGCACAUAUGACGUGUACUCUCUCGCCGAUCUCGAGUCUAUCGUUGUGGACAACAGCAAGUACAUGCAGUGCAAGGUAUAUGUCAAAGAUGUCCGAACAAUUGAUGAAUCUUUACUCAACAAUGGAGUUGUCGACAUUGCCUUGAUUGAUGCCCCAGGUUUAAAUUCUGACUCGGUCAAAACUACUGCGGUAUUCGCGCGACAAGAAGAAAUUGAUGUUGUCGUUUUUGUUCUUUCCGCUGCCAAUCAUUUCACGCUCUCGUCUAGUGAAUUCAUCAGAAAUGCCGCUCAUGAAAAGGCUUAUAUUUUUAUAGUCGUCAACGGAUUCGAUAAUAUCAGGGACACAGCUCGAUGCCAGAGAACUAUUUUAAACCAAGUGGCUGCUUUAAGCCCACACACUUACAAGGAGUCAGCAGAGCUGGUUCAUUUCGUAUCUAGCAAUGCCAUACCUGUCGCACCUCUCGGCGGUAGUGGAGGGGAUGAUGGCGACGAUGAUGAUAAUGAUGAUGACCCCAAGGGCAAGGGUAAAGACAAGGAGAAAACAAAGGAGAAGCUGCGUGAUUUCGAAAACCUGGAGGGUGCUCUACGGCGGUUUGUCUUGGAAAAACGAUCUCGAUCCAAGCUUGCUCCGGCUAGAACUUACCUGCUCAACAUACUCUCCGAUCUUAACGUUCUAGCCUCUGUUAACCGUGAUGUUGCUUCAUCUGAACUCGAACGUGUGUCUGCGGAGCUCGGUAAACUUGAACCUGCAUUUGAGAAGAGCAAAAUUAAACGGGCAGAGAUCUCUGAGCAACUGGAACAUUCAAUUACAGCCUCCGCCAAUGAUGUAUACAAUUAUACCCGCAAGACUCUCGCAGAAAAGAUAUCGACAGUCGCCCAGUCAGAUUUGGGUGUGGACUACCCAGGCCUUCUUUCAGUCUUCCGGUACGCCGAGGAUGUCAAAUUAGCUAUGCUCGACCAAAUCACUGCUUGUGUCUAUCAAUGUGAAGACUAUUCCCGGAAGAAAUGCGUAGAAGGCGUCAACAUGAUUCAGAGCCUUGGAUUGCUCCAUGUCGGCGAGAACAAAUUCCCAAGCCUGAACUUCCGAUCCGAAAUUAUGUUCAGACAACACCGUCAUGAACUAGCACGGCAAAUACAUACCGAACUCGAUAUGUGGGAUUUCAUCGACCUUCCUGGCUUCUGGGAACGACAGGAGAAGGUAGCAGGCACCGGUAUGGCUAUGACAGUACUUGGUGUGCUUGGAGGAAGAGCAUUGGGUGGAAUUGGCUGGCUUGAUGGUGUUCUUGGUGCCGCUAGGAUGCUUGGUCCAAAUAAUAUGCGCAAACUAUUAGUACCCGGCUUGUUAGGCGCAACACUAUUGGUCGGAGCGUACAUUUUGUCCCAGGUCCCAACCUCCCUGCCAUCAAGCUUAUCUCGAAAGAUAGCUGUCACACUUUCAGAGAUGGACUAUAUCCAUUCAAACGCCAGCCGUAUAUCAGGAGAGGUUGGGCGAGUACUUCGUGUUCCCGCAACGAGAUUGCAGUCAACGCUACAAAUAGCCACCCAAGAACUUUCUAAGCGGAAGGAAGAAGUUGAGAAAAUUAAAGCAGAGAGCGAAGUUGCACGGAAAUAUUUCUCAAACCUCUUCCGCGAAAGUACUGAACAUAGGAGAACAGUGGAACAAAUCGACCUGGAUGCACAAGCCCCUCCUGCUGCCGCAUAA